GGUCUCAUGAUCAAAGUUUUAAACUAGCGGAAGAACUUAUUGCUAUGUUCUCCUUCUCAAAAUAAAUAGUGUCAAUGUAAAGAUAUUCUUCACAGUCCAUUUCUCACACACUAAUUCUCAAUUAUCUCAUUCUUUAUGGAGAAACACCCAUGUGUAAGAUUCUCUGGAGAAGAAAAGAUGACCAAAAUGUCCUUCAAGAUAGACCUCAACAUUUUACUGAAGAUGAGAAUCUCAGUCUAACCCCCUUACUACAUCUCUACCUGCCUUCAUCAUAUCAGCUGCAGGGGCAGAGAGAAGACACAGCAGCGGGACAGGAAAAUAGCUCAGAGGUACAUGAGAGGCAAGACGUCACAGAGGAACUCAGAGAGCAUGACAUCACCAUGGAGAGCCAAAAACAAGACAUCACCGUCAAUAAAACAGCAGAUGAAGGACAAAAUGAUUUCACAGAUGGUAUGCGAUAUGAUAAUACAGAUACCUGUGAGAAUGACACUCCUGAGGAAAUGUUUGAGAAUGACAAGAUUGACGAAAAACGUCCACAAGACGUCACAGAUGACAACAGACAACAGAAAAUCAUAGAAAAUCAAUGUGACAUUGACAGAUCGUUUAAUAUUGUAGAGGACAAGCAAGAAUAUGACAUUACAGAGAAGACUGAAGGCGAAUAUAGGAGAAUCAAAUUGAAUAGAAGUUCAUACAAAUCUUCUGAUCUCAAACACAGAAUCAAAACACGUUACCCGGCCACAGCUACAGCGCUAACGUUCCCGUCUCCCCUGAUGGACAGAAAUCCCUCUCCCACUCUCAGCAUCCUGCCAUCAUUUUAUGGAACUUCAUUUGGAUAUCGCAUCAGAACCACAUCUGAGCCCUGCCGAUCCAAAACAAGGACCAGAGAAGCCUGUGAUGACAACAGAUCUAGAGAGCCCAUGAAUGACAUGCGACAUACCAUAGAAAUAAAAGGAAAACCCUGCUUAUUGAAAACAAAGGCUGGAGUGCCAGUCAGCCCCCACCCCAAAAUAAUGAGCCCUGAGAGGGGGUCCCAGCCUCGUAAAAUCAAAACCACCAAGACGUUUUUGUGA